AUGCAGGGGGCCCCUGGAGGAGGCGUGGGCCCUGGGCUGUCCCCUGUGGACAGGUGGACGCUCCUGGUCUUCAGCUUUAUUCUGGCAGCAGCUUUGGGCCAAAUGAAUUUCACAGGAGAUCAGGUUCUUCGAGUCCUGGCUAAAAAUGAGAAGGAGCUUUCACUUCUCAGGGAUCUGGAGGGCCUGAAGCCCCAGAAGGUGGACUUCUGGCGUGGCCCAGCCAGGCCCAGCCUCCCGGUGGAUAUGAGAGUUCCUUUCUCUGAACUGAAAGACGUCAAGGCUUACCUGGGCUCUCACGGCCUUGCUUACAGCGUCAUGAUAAAGGACAUCCAGGUGCUGCUGGAUGAGGAGAGAGAAGCCAUGGCCAAAUCCCGCCGGUUGGAGCGUAGCACCAGCAGCUUUAGUUAUGCCUCUUACCACACCCUGGAGGAGAUAUAUAGCUGGAUCGACAACUUUGUGGCCGCGCACUCAGAUAUAGUCUCAAAAAUUCGGAUUGGCCACAGCUUUGAAAAUCGGUCCAUUGUUGUCCUGAAGUUUAGCACUGGAGGACCUCAGCGCCGGGCCAUCUGGAUCGACACUGGAAUCCACUCCCGGGAGUGGAUCACCCAUGCCACUGGCAUCUGGACCGCCAAGAAGAUUGUCACUGAAUAUGGCAAAGACCGCACGCUGACGGACCUACUGAACGCCAUGGACAUCUUCAUGGAGAUCGUCACCAACCCUGAUGGGUUUGCGUUUACCCACAGCAUGAACCGCCUGUGGCGGAAGAACAAGUCCACCAGACCUGGAAUCUUCUGCAUCGGUGUGGAUCUUAACAGGAACUGGAAGUCAGGUUUUGGAGGAAAUGGUUCUAAUAACAACCCCUGCUCUGAGACUUAUCGUGGGCCCUCCCCUCAGUCGGAGCCAGAGGUGGCUGCCAUCGUGGACUUCAUCACAUCCCACGGGAACAUCAAGGCUCUGAUCUCCAUUCACAGCUACUCUCAGAUGCUCAUGUACCCUUACGGCCACUCACCGGAGCCUGUUCCAAACCAGAAGGAGUUGAACGAUCUUGCCAAGGACGCAGCGCAGGCCCUGUAUGAGGUCCACGGGAUCCAGUACAUUUAUGGCAGCAUCAGCACCACCCUCUAUGUGGCCAGCGGGAUCACUGUCGACUGGGCCUAUGACAAUGGCAUCAAGUUCUCCUUCACCUUCGAGCUCCGGGACACGGGGCGCUAUGGCUUCCUGCUGCCGGCCUCCCAGAUCAUCCCCACGGCCCAGGAGACGUGGCUGGCGCUUCGGACCAUCAUGGAGCACACCUUGAAUCAUCCCUACUAACAACACCACCGAGGACAGAGCGGGAAGGUUCAUUCCCUUCCCCGAGGACCGGGGCUCCUCCUGAAACCCAAGUGAUGCCUCCUGUUCCCCACACCCCAACCCUGACCCCUUAGGAGAUAAAUACAAGUUUGAACAGGCUUGAUGGCCUCCGGGGCUGGCCACCAACCCCUUUGGGCUCGCAUUGAGGUGGGGAGAGGGGCACUUGAAACGCCUCUUCAGUCCCCAGGUACUCAGGAGGGUUGAGGGGCCAGCCGACCUUACACUUGCUCCUCCUGCAAAUGUGGGUCCUCCAGGCCCACGGCAGACAACGCACCUGCUGGGGGCUGCUAGUAGGCACAUUGUCCCCUUGGUGUUUACAUCCUAAGAUGAUCCUGGAGGGGACAAUGUUUGAUCAAAAGGAGUGGCUCUCCGGUGGCGACAUUUCCGGCACCUUGAGGGAGAGGUGGGGACAGACAGGCAGCUUCCUCCUCUUCCUGCUUCAUUUCCUAUGUUGGUAGGGGUCAGGGGUUCAUUUCAGACUCCCCCUCUUUGAAGAUCCUAUUCACCCUCUAAAGGAGAGUGAACAAGUCACUGGUUUGUGACCUGCGCCUCCUGGGCACCCUCGCAGUCUCCGCUGGUCCUGGACAGAGUCACGGCCAGUCAGGGCCAGCACGGCGAAGCCCCACACAUCCAGGGAGAGGAAAUCCUCUUUUCCCCCCCUCUUUGCCACAGUCACCAUGGUUGUCCUGCGCUGAGCGGUUAGUCCCGGCCCGGCAUUUACUAAGUAAGCACUUUAUUUAAGGGAGAGAAGGGAGAAUAUUUUGAGAUAGAAGAAACAAGAUGCACCCCCUCCCAAUC